CUUACAGUACGUUCGUCAGUUAGCAAAAAUUCGAAGAGAUUAACAUGCUAUGCGAUUAUUAUUUGCAUUAGCGGUAAUUGAAUUUUUUAGCUACAUUUUUCCAAAGAAUUCUGAGAAUGAAGUUCAAUUUAAAAAAUUACAACUCUUUAAGUCGACAGGGGAUAUGUCAAACUACACUAACAAAAGUUUUUACAAUAAUCAGGAACAAAACUUCGUUGCUAAGUUUAAUUCCAACAUCCAAUGUCGAGGAAGUAAUGAAAGAAAAAUUCAGUACGACUACUAUAGAUCGCUGUACAAUAAUCCGUAUUCUUCUGUAGCUAAUAUUAAGAUGCACAAAUAUGUACAAAUUAAUGAAAUAGAACUACAACAGUAUACGAACAAGCUAUCAAUUUUGAGAUCUCAACAGCAUUUCGGAUACUUUGAAGGGUCAAAAAAUUAUGGCCGGAAGUUACUUAAUUCUUUAGAUGAAACUGAUUAUAGAGAUCUGAUUAAGACUAAUUUAUUUCAUGAGAUUAAAGGCGUUAGUAAAUACCGCGAAGAUAUUUAGAUGGUGAUAUAAGAUGAUUAAUGAGGCUGCACAUAAAGAAUUAUAUGAUUUUAACACGUCACAGAUAAUGAGGACUGGGACGAAUGGGAUAAUUGGAGUGCAUGUAGUGUUACUUGUGGAAAUGGUAGACAGGUUCGAUGGCGUCAUUGUUCAGCAGAAGAUUGCACCAGAGGAUUAAAGAGAGCACAAAUAAAACCGUGUCGGCUAAAACAAUGCGAUAAGAAUAUUUUUCAUUGGCUUGGAAUAAAAACCUGAUAAUAACUUGCUACAUCUACGAUUGAAAAUAUUAUUAUUGCAUAUUCGAUGUUAUUUUAACAGUAUACAGAUAUUUCUAUUUAUUUACAUAGCAUGAGAAUCAUCAUAUUUCGCAUUAAAUAGAAUGAGAAUGAUACAAGACUUGUGUCGUACAUUGAAUCAAAGUCAAGUGUUUGUCGUACAUGAAAAAUGAUAAUACAAUUUCCACUAAUCAAUCUUCUUUUGUUAAAAAAGGUUUUCAUUUCCUUUAUUUCUAUCGAAUGUUAUUAUUCAUGGUAUUUUGUAUAAAUGGCAGACAAUUUCAUUAGAUUGUAAUUCAAUGUGAAAUUAUUAAUGAUAUGAGAUGUAAAUUAUACAUACGGUGCGUAUAUUCGUCAUGUUGUUCAAGUCGAGGAAACUAUUUAUCAAAUUAAUAACGGUUGGAUACUUUAUCGCGGAAUGUACGAUACUUUUGGAGGGCAACGUUGUUUUAACUGCCACCAUGUCAUAUUUCCCUUAUAAGAAAACAUCGACUGUUAAUAUGGAAAACGUUCAAAAUGAAAAUCUGCAGCAACCGUUUGAAACUGCCAAUAAAUAUCGAAAUUAUGAAAAUAAAGAUUACAUAGGUGUGAAAGCCAGUACCUAAACUAGAAAGCAUAUAUAAUAGAUAAAUGAUUGAUUAAAACCUUUAAUUAUAAAAAUAAAUGUGAUAAUGAACAAUACAGUCAAUACAUAAAAGAUAAGACGUAAUAAUUAGAUAUUAAUUAGAGUUAGGUUGUACAUACAAAUAUUAUGAUCUUCUCAACAAGACUGUUUCUAUUCAAAUUAUUUUAAGAGAAAGAUUAGCAUGUGUUAUUACAAAAGGAUAAUUUGUUCUUCAGGGUUACAUAUUACAGGAUUAUAAACCUCAUGAACUUCACUUUCUAUUUUAUAAGUUACAUAACCAAUAUUAAAACUUAUAUCACAGAGCAUAUGAAAUUUGUUUAGGAAGUUAUUCCUAUGUAUUUAUAUUGCUAUUCGUAAUUUUAUAUUUUUAUUAAUAUCUUUGUAUGUAAUGAAAAGUACUGCUUGUUAAAAAAAAUAUUGUGAUACUAGGUAGAUUGAGUAGACAAGAACCCAAAAUAUGGGAUCAAUG